AUGCAGCUUGAUGAGGAUCCAUACUCUUUGAUUCAAAUGGAUUCACCAUAUCUAUCUUCUUCCAAAAAGCUUGGUCAAUUGUUGGCUUCAUCCCCUCCUUUAGAAAGAAUGAAUGCUUCUCCUCCUUUCACUUUUCUUUUGGUUAGAUCACGUAGAUUCGGAGAGAUCUCUUUUAAACUUCUUUCUUUAAGGAAAAGUCACUUCGCUCGGCUGACUGCCUGCACCGAGCGUAGAGUCUGUGGGAGACCUUUCCUCUCCGGGACUGAACUUCGCCAACAUCAAACCUUUAAGCCACUUUCUUUGAUAGAGAAAAGCCAAAGCAAUAAAUCAUCGCUUUUAAGGGCGCGAGAACCCGGACCCCUUGUGAGUCAGGAGGCUGCUAGAAGGGAACUGGAGAAGAGAAAGAAGAAGAAAAGCGGUAGGGCAUUACUGUGCUUUGCUUAUCAACCUUCUCGAUACGACUACAAGGCACUGAGUUCUUUCCACUAG